AUGUUAAGUGGACUUGCGAACACAUCUAAAGGAGUGGCUGCUCUUGGACGCUCAUCUGCUCUUUCCCUAGUUCCGCAAUUGACAGUUGAAUUUGGAUACCCCGGAUAUUUGCUGUGGAUGUACACGGUACUAAUAUGGACGCAAAAUGGGACGAAACAGGAGUUUCUUGCAUUUUUCUUCUUUCUUUCGCAAUUACCUUCCUCUUCUUCUCGUGGUAUAGUGUUUCAACUUGAAAGAGAUUCAUCAACACUCCAAUAUAUGAUCAAAAUCAACCAAGAAACUCCUUUAAUUGCAGUAAAACAAGUGGUCGAUCUGGGUGGAAAAUUACCUUGGCUUUUUUGUCAUAAGGAUGCCUACAAUUCAUCGUCCAUUCGACCAGUCAAAUGCACAUCAGCGCUAUGCUCUCUAGCUAGCAAACCAGUCAAUUGCACAUGUAUUACUAAAAAUACUUGCAGCAUUUAUACAAGUAACCCAAUAACUCAGUCUGUCGGCAGAGGUGAGCUAAUGUCGGAUCUUGUGACUGUUUUAUCUAACGAAGAUAGCAACGUUACCAUGGGAACACCGGUUGCUUCUUUUCGCCGUUAUGCUUUUGGUUGUGCAACUACUGCUAAUAUCUCAAGUGGGCUUGCGAAAGGUGCUAACGGAGUGGCUGGUCUUGGGCGUUCAUCUGCUCUUUCAUUUGUUACACAAUUUGCUGUUGGAUUUCGAUUUUCCCGCAUUUUUGCUCUUGAUUUACACGACAACAUUAAUGACGACAAAUUAAACCAAACGAGAGGUAAGAUUUAUUUCGGGGGUGGACCUUACAUUCAUUAUUUGUAUGGAUAUGAGGAUUGGGCUGAUAGAGUUUUAAGUUACACACCUCUCUUGAUUAAUCCAAAAUGUAAGGAAGAAUAUUUCAUCGAUGUUAAAUCGAUCAAGGUACAUGGGGAAACCGUACCAAUAGACAAAAAGUUGUUGUCUAUUAACAAGAAAACUGGGAUCGGUGGAACAAAAAUAGACAUUCAAAUUCCUUAUACUACUUUGCAGACAUCAAUUUACAAGGCAUAUAUGAAAGCUUAUACUGGAUGGGUUGAACGCUAUAAUAAUGCUAAUGCCGAAGUGCUUGAUUUCACAAACAUUACCAUGGUUACUCCUGUUGCGCCUUUUUCCGCCUGUUAUAACUCAUCCACCAUACCUCUUUUAACAUCAUUUGAUUCUGCGCCACCAGGUGUAGCUUUCAUGUUUCCCAAGAGUGUAUGGAACAUCUCUUUGUAUGAUUUGGUAAGAGUCAAGGAUGGUAUCGACUGUGUGGGAUUUGUUGAUGGAGGUUCAAAGCCUAAGACUUCCAUCGUCAUUGGUGCACGUCAGAUAGGUUUCCUAGAGUUUGAUAUUUCCAGAUCCAGAUUGGGGUUCGAGCAACCAAAUAUUAAAGAUCUAGAGUUUUGA